UUUAUUUUUGUGUUUUUCGGUAUUCUUUUUUUUUUCUUCUUCUAAUCAUGCCAAAUGUGUCCUCAUUGAAAGAGGCAUUUGCAAGAGCCUCUACUGUCGAAGAUCGAGAAUCUGUCUUGAAGAAACUCGCUACGCCUAAUACCGAUGAUGAAAUUUAUUAUCAAGGACUUGUCUUGCUUCAAAAAGUCUAUAAUGAAGUCAUGAAACAACCAGAGCCAAACAAACUUCGUGAACCUACUCUAGUUGAAAAGGAACUUACCAUGCAAAUGCGACAGCAUUUGGACAGGUUUACUACUCAUGAUGAAAGAUUCCAUAACCUUAAUACCCGAUUCCAUCUCUUGAUUUAUCCCUUUGACACGGAAGCUUCUAUUAAUUUCCUCAAAAAAGAGCUUGAGUUGGAUGCAUUAAAUGCUAUAAAAAAGCCCGAACAAGCUACACCUAUCACAUCCAAUAAAUCAACUGCUCCUUCGGUUCUAGAUCCCAAGAUUAUUGAUGGGCAAUCGCUCUUGAAAGAAAGCUUUGCCUCCUUUUUUUCUCCAGAUAAUGAUGAUAUUGAUGUCGAACCAUUAGCUUUCCCUCACUUGACUUGUUGGGAUGAUCUGUCUGAUCAUUUGCAAUUGGCUCUCUUAAAGAAGAUUGCACUCUUCCCUUCCGAGCAUAUCUUUGGACCCGAGUUAAUGCGUAUAGUUGCUCGCCUUUGGCAACAAAACAGUCAAGAAUGGCAGUCUGGAACCGUGCCAUGUUCUAACUUUACUUUGAAGCAACUGGAUCAUCUCAUCGAUGCUAUCCCUGAAGUGGUACUUCAACAUGACUCGUUUAUUCAAGCAUAUUUCGAUAAACUCGUACCUACCGGAUAUCAAAACCAGUCUCUAGACUUCUGGGAUGAUUGUGAUCAUGUAAUGGAAGAUUAUUUGACGCGUUUGCAAGCCUUUGCGGAAAAAUUGCCUUCCAUAUUUAGUAUGUUCAAAUCCAAAGUCAUGUUUCAUCAACUGCGUAUGGAUAUUGUAAGAGAAGAAUUUGAUCAAGAUAGGUUUAUUAGCUUCUUGUCUAUGAUUUCAAACAAGGGGGUUACUUUCACUUCUUUUCGUCCUCUUCGUGGUCUAUUUGGUGAUGAUAGCACUUUCUCGCCUGUUCCUUCACGUUCAUCUAUCUUUGAGCAUAACAAUCCUGUUUUUUUCCCACCUAUUCCGCUCUUGGGAAAUUGUGAAAUUGACGAGCCAGAUAGAAAUUUAGUUAUCAAGGAAUACUUAACUGGUCUUAUCAAGCAAAAUAAGCUUUCCGUUACUAUGGAGAGUCUUGGUACAUACCUUGACUAUCAUAACUUUUUCAAGCCUCUGUAUGCACAUAUUAUGCUAACUACUUUGACCAAUAAACAAGAAGAAUGGGUCAAGAUGCUAGAUACCUCAGCUUAUGAAAAACUUGUACAUGAAAGCAUAGUCAGCUUCGCCCCUUCUACUCUGUAUCAUUCUGUCAGACGCAAGCCUUCUGAUCCUAUCUUGCUUUCCAUUCGAACGAAAAAUAUUUCUCGUCUCUCUAUUCGUGUAUUUCAAAUUGAUAGUGAAAACUAUUGGCGAUUGAACGAUAAAAAUGAGCAAGCAAAUGACAAUAUGUUUGACUUGGAUGGUCUAUGUCCUACAUUUGAAAAAGAUGUAGAUUAUUCAAAUGAGUCUGCUCUUAAUGUCAAAACAACUACUUGGAAGUUUGGUGGUCAAGAUGGUAUUGCAUCAGAAGUCUUUGAAGGCCGUGGUCUUUGGGUAGUCGAAUUCGUAGGUGGACAAGGUCAGUGUCGAGUAGUUGUACAAAAGGGUUACUUGAGACAUAUUGUGCAAGAAACCUUGGCUGGUCACAUUGUGCGCAUCUUGGAUGAAGAAAACAACCCAUUACAGCAAGCUCAAAUCUGGUAUAAUAACCAAUACUAUGAGGCUGAUGAAUCAAGCAAUAUCUUGAUUUCGUAUCUUCCAAAUGAUACGCCACCCAAAACAGGCAAAAUGAUCUUAAUUUCUACUAAGGACGGCUUUUCUGAAACUGCAACCUUCCAUCAUUUGUCUGAGACGUUUAGUUUGGCAGCAGAUUUUUAUGUAAAUCCUGAAAUGAUCUAUGUUAACAAAAAGACAACUGUAGUCGUUCUUCCGAGAUUGACAAUCAAUGGUACGACAGCACCUGUUUCGUUGUUGCAAGAUCUUUCGCUUAGUGUAGAAUCGACUGAUUCAAAUCAAGUCAAAAAUAACUCUGUUUGUCAAAGUAUGAACAAAGAGCUCAAUUACAUUUACUUUGAAUUCCUAGUACCUGAUCAAUUGAAAUCAUUGCGAUUCAAUCUUGAAGUCAAAGUUAAAGGACUGGAUGAUACUUUUCAAACACUUAAUGUUCAACAUACCAUUAAUUAUGACUCUCCUGUCAAUGCAAGUGGUACUCCUGCAAGCAUUCAUCUCAGCAAAACAACUGAUAACAGAUUCUUGCUUUACGCUUUCGGAAAGAACGGUGAAGCCAAAACUGAUUAUGAAGUCUCGCUCAAGUUCAAGCAUGCCUUUGUGUCUCGUCCGAUAGAUACGCUUUUAAAGACAAAUGAACAAGGUUAUAUCGACUUGGGCAAGUUGCAAGACAUUCAAUUCUUUGAACACUACACGCCUCAACUUGGUUACAGGCAAUGGAAAAUACAUAGGAACAUGCAAUCAAUUACACCUCAGACCAUCUCUGUACCUACAGAUACAGACUUUAAAGUAACGUGUCAAGAUGAUCUAUCUGAAUCACUUUGCUCACUCUAUAAGGUUGGCUUGUUUGAUACUUUGAUUGAACAAGUAGAUAGUUCCAUCACGAAGAAGAGGAACUUUAUACAUGUUAAAGGCCUUCCAGAAGGCGAAUAUAUGCUCAACAUGAUAUCUUUUGAUGGCAGUAUCAAAUCCGUGAAAUGUAUUGUGAUCAAGGGCAAAACAAAUACCAAGGAACAUUUCUGGUCUGAUUGGAUCUUGGGAAGUAACACGUAUGUCAAGUACAACAGCGCUAUCCUCAGAAAACCACUAGCUAUCGCAGACACUGUUGUUGAUAAAGAUAAUAUUACUAUUUGUCUCGAAAAUUGGUCUCCCAAAGCCUUUGUUAUUGCGACCACAAGUACCUUUAUUCCUACCUAUGAUGAAACUUUAGCAUCUCGAUUAAUGUCAUACCGCUUCUUAUCUUUUCCUUUGGUUCAGAACAUCAGCGAUAUUUUUACACGAUCUGUAUUCUUGAACGAUAGAAAUAUUAGCGAGGAAUAUCAAUACAUCUUGAAUCGCUCCAAAACUGAAAAAUGGGUUGGUAGUACUUUGACAAAGCCCUCUUUGUUAAUGUAUCCCAAGAAAAAUGCAAUAGCAGGAACUUAUACAAGGGAUUGUCCUACUUAUGUAGGAAAUCCUAUGAGAAAUUGCAUCCUAAACCAUGGAGAAAAACUGUUUGCUCCUAAAUUUUUUGGUGGCGCAUUGAAUGUCAAUAAUGUUAGUGAUGCAAGCUUAGCAUUCCUUGACCAUCAAACACCUAUUGUUGUUAUUCCUGCUUCUAGCGGCACUAUCAAUCUUCGUCGUGAACAAUUAGGAUUUGGUGGUCAGCACUUGCAAGUCGUUGUCGUUUCAGGAGAUCAAUUUGUCUAUGAGCAAACUUUGAUAGACAGCAAUCAAUCAUUGCAGUACAAGGAUUUGAAGCAAUCUUCAACAGCCAACAUACCUAUUGUUCAUGCCAAAUUAAUCAAAAAACUUCUUCCAAAUCAGGACUUGACCCUCAAUACACAUGACUAUGCAGUGAUUGAUAGUUUUGAAAAGUUGUUUGAUGUAGUCAAGACGAUUUCAGGCCAAGGCGCUGACUUUGUUGCUGAAUUUGGCUUCCUCAGAAACUGGCCUAACCUCAGCCUUGAGAGAAAAUUGGAAUUGCAUCAACAUAAAGUAUGCCAUGAAUUGAACCUAUGGCUCAAGAAGAAGGAUUGUCAGUUUUUUGAACAAUAUGUCAAGCCUGCCAUCAAGAGCAAAAUUCAAAAAUCAUUCAUGGACGUGUAUCUUACAGAUGGAGAUAUAUCUUCCUUUUGCUGUGAUUUGUAUCAGCUUGAACAACUAGGUGUAGCAGAAAAAGCUUUGUUGGCAACUGUACAGCCAAAAAAACUCUUGCAAGCAAUCCUAAAAAAAUUCAAGGACUCGUUCGAUAGCAAGAAAUUGAACAGUCGUUUCGAUACGAUUUUUGAUACUAUUUUAGCUGGUAGUGCACUUGAUUUGCCUAUGAUAGCAGAGGAUGUCGAAACGGAGCAAGCUUCUUUAUCAAUGGCUUUUGAGGCAAAUGUUGAUCAUUCUCUUCAAUCUCGUAUGGCUCCUAAGGCUAUUAGUACUCCUGCCUUUGGUUCAGCUUUUGCAUUUUCCUCUCCUGAAAAUAAUGAAGAAACUUAUAAUGUAGAGACUUAUGAUAGUGAUGAUCAUAAUUCUGACAAAAGCGAAGAGCAUGAACAAGAAGACGAACAAGAAGAAGUAGCAAUGCUUGAAAUGCGUGAGAAAUCCAGGAAGGAAAGAAAGGCUACUUAUAAUUUUGUUGAAAAGACAAGUGAAUGGACUGAAACUAGUUAUUAUGGCGGUGUGCUCUCUCUCACGUUGAAGCAAUUCUGGAUUGACUAUUUAGAUAAUUUUGACAAGAAAAUUCCCUUCUUAUCCGAGAACUUUAUGCAUGCUCUUGACAAUAUUAGUGAAAUCUUUUAUGUUUUGAGUCUUACUGAUCUGCCAUUCGCCUCACAAACUGACUGGGCUAUAGACAACAAGGACUUGGCAAGAGGCUUUACUAUUACUACAGCUAAUCAUCCUAUCAUUGUCUUUUGUCGUACUCUAAAUGAAAGCAAAAAGCUUUCCACAAUCAAUAACAGCCUCAUGCUUGGGCAGGACAUCUUUGUUUUUGAAGAAUCAACAUCCAUCGAUUCCAAUGAAUGUAUCAAGGUUGACCCUUCGACUCAAACCUUGCGCCCUCAUGUUGAAUACGGUCAUCACUUAGUUAUCAGUAAUGCAUCUUCCAAGACUAUCAUUUGCCAAGUUACUACUCAGAUUCCUACUGGUGCUGUCCCUACCCAAAAUGCGUCUUAUUGCAAAUCCAAGACAAUCUCCAUUAAUGCUUAUUCAACUUGGCAUGAAAUUGUUAGCACAUUUUAUUUCCCUGACCAAGGUGAACACGCACUUGUUCCUGUUACAGUUUCCUCAGUAUCUGGAGACCGACUUCUAGGAAAACUCAACUCAGUAACUAUUCGUGUUGGAAGUCUUGAAGUUACUGCCUCAGAUCCGGAUGAUAUUGGUACCUAUUCAUGGCCAACCAUAGCCAGACAUGGUUCAAAUGCUAGCGUGCUUGCUCUCCUUGAAAAGCAUCGUAAAUUGGAAAAGCUAGAUUUGGCUCUGAUAAGCUGGCGAAUGGUUGAUCGUGAAUUUGCUCGUCAAGUGUUUGAUGUGUUGACAGAUCGCUGCUAUUUCUUAAAAGACUUGUGGAAGUAUGGUGUCUAUCAUCAGUUUAGCGAUAUCAUACAAGACUUGAUUCAGUUCGAGGGCAACCAAAUCAUGUCUCGUAUAGGACAUGUAUUUGAGUCACCUUUGCUCACAAAAGAUGCGUUAUUCCGAGGCGAACAAUUGGUCCUUGACUACUACCCUUUGAUCAACGCACGCGCACACUCAUUUAAGCCAAACACGCAUGAAAUCUUGAAUCAAAAGUUCUAUCGACAAUACGACACUUUCCUUACUUACCUCUCUUUGAAGAAUACUGCUCCUACAAAGCCUGAUCUUGUCACACUAGCCCUAUACCUGCUGUUGCAAGACCGCAUUGGUGAAGCUCAAGCUGUUUAUUCUCUUAUUGAGUCUAUCCAAGAUCAAGACACAGAAUGUCAAGUACAAGUAGAUUACCUAAAUGCCUAUUUAAAGACACGUGUACCCAUCACAGAAAACUUGAAACAAUUAGACCUUGAAUCUAUCAAACAAGUCGUUCAAAAAUACAAGGACUUUGGUGUUUUGAGAUGGCGAAAAUUGUUUUCUAACUUGUACGACUUUGUGCGUGAAGUAGAGCAGGGUGUGCUUGGCUUCUCUGAUAAUUCAGCAAAGAACGCACGCAUUCAGUCUGAACCUAUUCUAGAAUUUGAAAUCAAUCAGCGCGACAAAGAACUUGUUGUACAGUAUGCAAACGUAAAAUUGAUUGAUAUCAAAUGCUACGAAAUGAAUAUUGAAGUCAUGUUCUCCAAUAACCCUUUCAUGGGUAACCAUUUCACAGAUCACGACUUUACAUGGAUUAAGCCUAGCUUCUCUCAAACAAUCGAGUUGCCUCAACAAGUUGCGCCUGAACCAGACGAACAAGAUUUUGAUGUGAUUGGUGUUGGACAAAUCAACUCGCUUCAGACGGCCAGAAUUCCCUUUGAUAGUAAUAACAAGAACGUUUUCAUUGAAAUCACUAGUGGUACAAUGAAACGUCGCCAUGCUCAUUAUGCCAAUCAAAUUAGCACUCACAUCUCUGAAUCAUUUGGUAUCGUUCGUGUCAUGAGCGAAAAGACAAAACGUCCUUUAGCCGGUGUCUAUGUCAAGGUAUACGCUCGUUUAAAGCAGGGGUGUACUGCAAGCUUCUGGAAGGAUGGUUAUACAGGAUUGAAUGGUGUUUUCGACUAUAUUGGUGUAACUGGAGGCAAUUCUUUAAUGGGUGAUCAGCAGUUAGAUCUUGAAACGUGUGUGAGAGAUCGUAUUGAAAAAUUUAGCAUUUUGGUAUUAAGCAAUGAAGAAGGUGCUGUUGUAAAAGAAGCCUAUCCACCACUUGGUUAGUUUUUCUUUUUUUAUACAAAUAAAGUUUAUUCUUUAUUGGACUAACGUAAACAAAUCAUCUUUAUUUGGUAAAUUUGUUCAGAUAAAAAAAACUGAUGUUAACUCCAUUUUAUCUAAUUACACAAAAUAAAAAGAACAGUAUGGUUAUUAU